UGAUGUUGUUGUCGAGCGGCGGCGGCGCCGGGCGGCCGUUAGUUACUGUCCGAGUGAAUGAACGGACGGCGCCCGCCUCCCCUCCCCUCCCCCCCGCACUCUAACCCGGCCCGGCCCGUCUUCUUCAACACAAGCCGCCACCACAGCCCCCCCUGUAAUUGAAAAUUAAACCGUGUCGGGACUGAAUGGAAGCGGACGCAGCGGCGCCGGAGGCCGGAGGAGAGGGCGAGUCGCCGGCGGCCGAGGAGGCGGCAGCAGCGGCAGCGGCAGCGGAGGGAGACCUGUGCGCCAUCGAAUCUUUCAGUAAAAAAUCCAUAUUGACUGAGAUGCCCUCUUCUUCUGGAAAUACAUACGCACCCACCGGCAAGAAGAUUGGACACAGGGGAGUCGAUGCUUCUGGCGAAACUACUUACAAAAAGACAAGCUCAUCCACUCUCAAAGGAGCCAUUCAGCUGGGGAUUGGAUACACGGUAGGAAAUCUCAGCUCGAAGCCCGAAAGAGAUGUGCUGAUGCAAGAUUUCUAUGUGGUCGAAAGUAUAUUCUUUCCUAGUGAAGGUAGUAACUUGACCCCAGCUCAUCAUUUCCCCGACUUCAGAUUCAAGACAUAUGCUCCGGUGGCAUUUCGUUAUUUUAGGGAACUCUUUGGCAUUCGACCGGAUGACUAUUUGUAUUCGUUAUGCAAUGAACCCCUGAUUGAACUCUCCAACCCCGGUGCCAGUGGGUCUGUCUUUUAUGUGACAAGUGACGAUGAGUUUAUUAUCAAGACUGUGAUAAACAAAGAAGCAGAAUUUCUACAAAAAUUACUUCCAGGAUAUUAUAUGAACUUGAAUCAGAACCCACGGACACUGUUGCCAAAGUUUUAUGGACUCUACUGUGUUCAGUCUGGUGGCAAAAACAUUCGACUGGCAGUAAUGAAUAAUGUGUUGCCACGUGUGGUGAAGAUGCACCUGAAGUAUGAUUUAAAAGGUUCAACCUACAAACGGAGGGCUUCAAGAAAAGAGCGUGAGAAAUCCAAACCAACGUUUAAAGACUUGGACUUUAUGCAGGAUUUCCCAGACGGAUUGUUACUAGACUCGGACAUGAACUGUGCCCUGAUUAAAACCCUGCAAAGAGAUUGUCUGGUGCUAGAGAGCUUUAAAAUCAUGGAUUACAGUUUGUUGUUAGGAGUUCACAAUUUGGACCAUGCAGAGCGUGAGAGGCAGGUGGAGGGGUCGCUAAGUACUUCUGAUGAGAAACGACCCAUGGCACAGAAAGCCCUCUAUUCCACGGCCAUGGAGUCUAUUCAAGGCGGAACUUCACGGGGAGAGUCUAUUGACACAGAUGAUACGAUGGGCGGUAUUCCAGCAGUGAAUGGGAAAGGAGAGAGGCUCCUCUUGUACAUUGGCAUCAUUGAUAUUUUACAGUCUUACAGGUUGAUCAAGAAACUGGAACAUACUUGGAAAGCACUUGUUCAUGACGGUGACACUGUGUCAGUGCAUAGGCCGAGUUUCUAUGCUGAAAGAUUUUAUAAAUUUAUGAGCAACACUGUCUUCAGAAAGUUUUCAUCACUGAAGUCGUCCCCAUCCAAGAAAGGACGAGCUUCUCUACCUGUCCCGAAAUAUGUUGGUCCAGGUCAAGCCUUCUCAGCCAGCCAGAUUCCCACAGAAGACGAUGAGAAGCGGUGUGACCUCCGAGGAGCCAGGAGCUUCCCAACUCUUGAAGAUGAUGUGUUAUUGGGCCGACCUGACCUUCUACCUUGCACUCCACCUUCAUUUGAAGAAGCAACAACAGCUUCAAUAGCAACAACUCUGUCAUCAACAACAUCUUUGUCAAUAACAGAGCAGUCCGUGUCAGAAAGCUCAGAGAAUCAUCAUCGUUUCAGGAAAACUACACUUUCAUCAGUGCAGGAUGUUGGGUCCUAUGAUGAGUCGGUAGUGGAAGCAAACUUGCAGCAGGUCACGGUCGAACUGGAAGCCAAGUGCAACAUUGAGACUGAAAAUACUUUAGAGGAAGAAGCAGAAGACGAGGAAGAUAAAACGGAAGUUCCUUCAGCUUCUGCGCGUACAAGUUCGACGAUUACUUUGGAAGCGGACACUGUGAGCCAGAUCUCCGAGGCAGCCAGCCAUGCUUCUGAAGAGGCAGAGGAUGUUGAUGAAGAAGAGGAGAUUCCAGUCACGGACAUAUACUUUUGUACAGAAGAGAGGGCCUGGAUUUAUUCUCCUCUUCACUAUGGUUCUCAAGUCCGUUCAGUUUCAGAUGGAGAGAGUGAAACUUAAAUCUGUGCAGAUCGUUUUUUUGAAGAAUAAAGAGGGAAGUUCUUCCAGUGGAACAACUUCACUUGGUCAGAGGCAGCGUCACUCCAUUGGAUGGGAAUGAUACAACAUCAUCGCUUAUUGCAGCUGGGCUCAGUUAUGACCUGCAGUAUGUGAACCAUGAGCAAAGGAAACGGCUGGAACAGAAAUCAAAUUGGUAGAAUGGGAUCUAUCAACCUUCCAGGGGAGGGGAUCACGGAGGGGGUUGGGGGCAGUGGUAUGUAUUUGUUAGUGCUAACAAUGUUUCUGCACAACUCUGCCCACGUAGCAACUCCCAACUCGUGGUUCUAUGUGCUCAUCGCUUGUCAGUGACAAAUCGCUGUUCUUUAGUCCAUGUCCUACUGAGGUUUGUUUGAUUAGAUUCUUCCCUGACACAAAUGACUUGCAAGUUGCCACAAUCGACCUCGCAGAGAAUGUAUGUUUAUUUGUUAAUAUUCCAGAUCAGUGCAGCUUUUGGCAAUGUUUCUAGUUGUGUAAAUCAUUUGUAAUUAAUCAAGCUUGUCCUUUGUGCCGAGGUUACUUUCUCUCUAGUGUUAAUCUACCAUCGUUUUGUUUCUUGCUUAAAAUAAUGAUUAAGCUGAAUUAUACUUAAAUAUUGGUAGCUAUAAACAUGGAAGCACAACGCAAAACUGAACAUGCCUCAGAUGACAUAGGUACGUUUUCCUAAACUACAAUAAAUAUGUGGUUGUUAUCUAUUUUAUAUAUAUUUUUCAUGGACUGGGGUAGAGGGAUAGUGGAUCAUUGGAGGGUGCUGGAAAUAGAGCAGUAUUGUGAUUUAAAUUACAAUUCAAAAAUUCCCUUGUGUAUUUAAAGCAAUUUUAUUUUUGAAGCUGCAUGCAUUUUUUGUAAUUGUGAUUCACUUUUGAUGAGGGAUGUAUUUCCUGUGCGGUUUAAAACCUCCCCGAGGAAUGAGAUACGAUCCAAAUCGGCAAAGGUUAGAUGCUAAAUAGCCUAAGCACUUGUCUCAUGUAUUGCAUAGGUUAAAUAUGGGGUAACGUUUACUUCAUACAAACCCCAAUCAUGCACCUCGACUCCAUACGAAGGAGAAAGCCACCCUGUUAAAUGUACACUCCCAACGUUAUGUAUUGAGCAUUUGUUUUUCUGACAAACUAUACACACUAGUAUAGUUGAUGUAAAGAUAGACACAAAUUGCUGGAGUAACUCAGUUGGUGAGGUAGCAUCUCUGGAGAAAAAAGCUAGGCAACGUUUCAGGUCAGAACCCUUCAGACCUUUUUUCGCUAGAGAUUCUGCCUGACCCACUGAGUUACUCCAGCACUUUGUGUCUAUCUUUGGUAUAAACCAGCAUCUGCAGUCCCUUGUUUCUACAUUAUCUCUAUUAGAUGAAUUUCUAGUUGGGUUUCAAAAUUACAAGUUGUAAAGUUUUGUUUUGAAUUUUGAAAUAUUGAGAUAUCUAUGGCUACGAUCCAAACAUAUUGUAUGAUGACUUCCAAAAUAGAUAGGGUAGACAAAAAUGCUGGAGAAACUCAGCGGGUGAGGCAGCAUCUCUGGAGAAAAAGGUCUGAUCAAGGUUCCUGACCUGAAACCUCGCAUAACCUUUUUCUCCAGAGAUGCUGCCUCAACCGCUGAGUUACUCCAGCAUUUUGUGCCUACCUUCGAUUUAAACCAGCAUCUGCAGUUCUUUCUUACACACUAUAAAAUAAGCUACUGCAGUAGUUAGGCUGUCUCCUUAGUUUUGCAAAGGGCAUGUUUCUUUCCUGUAAGUGUAAUUUUUACGAUACGAUAGAACUUUAUUUAUCCCAGGAGGAAAGUUGAUCUACCAACAGUCAUAAAAACACAAAAUACAUGAGUCAUGCAUAUGAUAUACCUCAAGCUGAUUACAAAAUAGAUGCAGAUAAGUAUGAUUAACUAGCACCUCUCAGCUCAUCCAUCACACUCAACCCGAAACGUCACCCAUUCCCUUUCUCCAGAGGUGCUGCCUAACCCGCUGAGUUACUCCAGCUUUUUUGUGUCUAUCUUUGGUUUAAACCAGCAUCUGCAGUUCCUUUCUUUCCAAAGAUACUGUUUUUACUGCCAAUGCACCCCCACCACCUCCUACAUUUUAUUCCCCAUCAAUUUAGGGAUGACACUACAGUUCUUCAUGCAGAGGUAACUGUACCGUUUGUACAUAAUUUUUUUAAUCACUGCUUUGUUGCUUGAUAUUUGAAUGUUUGGAAUUGUCUGUUGUUAGUGUUGCUAUCUCAUCGCUGCAAAUUCUAAAUUUCAGGUUCCUUGAUAUAAGCAAAUAAUGAAUGAAUGGAUUUAAAUGUUGUACUUGAUUCUGAACUGUGCCACACAGAGAAAUGUUAAACUUGGUAAAUGGCUUGAGUAUGUGGAUUCCUCGGAUCUGAGGCUGGUAACUGGAAAUAUGCAAGCAUCAAGAGGUUCCGUAAAAUAGGACCAGUGUAGGUGGGGUUCCUGUUUGUGCCUUGUGAGCAAGUUACUUGCCUGGAAUUGUACAGGCUCUUAUAUUGACAGGUGGAUGGAGGAAGGGUUUGAGAAUGUUUUGAAAACCUCCUUUAGAAAGUGUAUACACUCACCAACUCAUGGGGAAUCCCAGACCCGUGUCUACUCAAGAUGGGGAAGGAGAAUUCAUGAUGCGACUGAGAACCCCGGGACCAUGUGUCGGGAGUGUGCGCAAGUCCAGAGUAAACGGCAGAAGAAGCACACGGCCUCGCAGACCACCCACGAUCACUUGCCCUAUCUAGCACCUUCUGCCUGACUUGUAGCAGAGUCUGCUGGCCCCGCAUUGACUACAUCAGACACCUCGGAAACAACAGAACUGAAAUGGAAGCCACUGGUCCUGAGGGACAACUGAAGAAGGGCUUCUUGACGUAAACCAUGCUGCAUUAUUGGACUUUAUCAAGACCAAGAGAACCCUCUCCAUACCUAGCCAAAUCACAGCUUUGACUGUACCUGGUGGAGUAAGCUGCUGCAGCUGUAUUAUACUAAUUCGUGCACUUUUACAUAUUCCAUGGGAAGUAGGUAGAAUAUUUAGCAGGAAGAUGUGUGUCGAGAUUCUAAAUGGGUUGUAGCCAAGCCACUGGUCUUUAUGGAAACAUAAAAUGAACUGUUCCAUCUAACAUCAAAGAUAUUGGGUGAAACGCAUUUCAGUAUAUAAUGUUUAAGAAAGAACUGCAGAUGCUGAAAAAAAUCAAAGGUAGACAAAAAAUUCUGGAGAAACUCAGUGGGUGAGGCAGCAUCUAUGGAGAGGAGGAAUAGACGACGUUUCGGGUCGAGACCCGAAUGUGAUCAGGAUGUAAUUUGGUCAGCUACUGAAUACCAGUGCUCCCGGCAUUAACACAGCUGUCUCAAGAAACCUUGUGUAUUCAAGUACAUUCCAGAAGUAGGGACUAGGGGAAAAUAAGUGUUCGGCACGGACUUGUAGGGCUGAGAUGGCCUGUUUCCGUGCUGUAAUUGUUAUAUGGUUAUAUGUUUAGCAUUUAGUUAAGGCAGCCUUUCAAUAGGAGAGUGAAGGAGUCCUGCAGUGACAAAGCUAUAGUUUUUAAAUAAGAUGUACCAUCUCCUUUUGAGAUUCCAGAGCACUAUGAAGAAGACCUUUUCCUUCUGUCCAGGAUAAUAUUAACCAUUCAACCAAAAUUACCCAAAGCAGAUUAAUAGCUCAUUUGUUACUUUUGAGAUCUUACUCGUUGAAACAGAAGUUUGUAUUUGCUUACACAGCAGUGACAGUCCUUGGGAAAAUAUAUUUCUUUCAGUUGAAAUGUGCUUUGGUACAUUGAAGGAAAUGAUUCACGGAAUCCAAUAGCAUAUAGAGAAAAGGUGUUCAGUCUAUUACAUUCUUGUCAUCCCUUUGAAAGAGAUAUUUAGUUCACUAAAUAGAUAUUUAGUUCAAGAAAGAACUGCAGAUGCUGGAAAAAUUGAAGGUAGACAAAAAUGCUGGAGAAACUCAGCGGGUGAGGCAGCAUCUAUGGAGUCAACGACCCGAAACGUCACCUAUUCCUUCGCUCCAUAGAUGCUGCCUCACCCACUGAGUAUCUCCAGCAUUUUUGUCUACUAUCAAUUUAGUUCACUCCUUUUCCCCAUUGCACUAAUUUUUAUUUUCAGCAACUUAGCAAUUCACUUUUGAAAGUAUCGAAUUUGGUUUCAAUGCCCUGGCCUAAACCUUAGGUUUCUUGAAUAUAUCAAUUUUUAAAUGUCACCUUACCCGUGGUACAUUCUCAGUUACCUUGCAUCAGUGUCCCCUCUUUCUUGAUCUUCCUCUAUCGAAACAUUCUUUAAGGCUUCUCUUAAAUUCCUCUUUGUGUUAUUCUCAGGAAAUAGUCUCAGCCCCUCAUGUUGCUACAUUUAGUUAAAGUUCCUCAUCAUUUAGAACAUUUGAUUCUGCCUGUUAUUGCAAGUCCAGAGUUAAAUUAAUUUAGAAUUGAAGACUUGUGUGUAUCAACAGUAAAAUGCUCACUAUGCCCAGUACAAAUGUCUCAAUUUACGUUAAAAACAUAAAAUGGUAGAUAAUUCUUCUGAUCGGGUUGGAUAUAGUUUGCUGUAUUCUUAUAUGGCAAUAACAGACAUGGGAGUCCUAAUGAAGUAGUAAUUCAAGAUGAUCUGAACUCGAGUAAGGGUGACUUGGGUGUUGACCCGAGUACGGGUGCUGUCUUUACGGAGUUUGUACGUUCUCCCCGUGACUGCGCGAGUUUUCUCCGGAAUCUUCGGUUUCCUCCCACAUUCCAAAGACGUACGGGUUUGUAGGUUAAUUGGAUUGGUGUAAAUAUAAAUUGUCCCGAAUGUAUAUAGGAUAGUGUUAAUGUGUGGGGAUAGCUGUUCGGUGCGGACUCGGUGGGCCAAAGGGCCUGUUUGUGCGCUGUACCUCUAAACUAAACUAAGGAAGCCCUUUUUAGUUUUUGACUGUUGCCUAUAUUGCACUCAUUAACUUGCUAUUUAAAGACCACGGUGGGUUUUAUAUUGCUGAUUUGUGUUUAAUUGGUUAUUAUUUUGGCCUAUUUUUGUGCUGAUUGGUGCCUCCAGCUACAGCAUGUUCAGUGCCAUGCCUUGUAUUGUCGAUCACACUGAAGGAUUAACAAUUAAUGGUAUUACUUACUAUAAGUUUACUGAGAUACUAUCUGUAUGUACUAUGCGAGUUGCCGAACUCAUGCAGUCAGUAGCUGCUAGCUAAUAUGUAUUAGGUCACUUAAAGCAUGAUAUUAAGCAAUAUUAUAUAUAAAUCCUAGUUUUCAUAGAAAAUCUUUGAACAUUUUCUAAUCCUAAAACAUAAAAAUAAUUGUAUAAACCUUGUAUCAAAAAGAAUACUUGAAUUUGUUUCUCUGUGUAUGUUUACCUAUCUUGUGGCUGCAUCUUGGAUUUCUUGUGCUCUAAGUUUGUUUUUAAAAUUGAGUUCUCAUUUAUUUUCUUGUAAAUGUUUUGUUUCGUAGUUUUCUGGUGCCAGAAGUCACUAGAUUGAGAAUCUAUUGUGAUACAUCAUUGUUCACUCUUGCUGUGAAUUUGCAACGCUUCUGCAGAUGCAUUGACUUUGGGAUCACCUUUAUAGUGGAGGGUAGGGCAUCAGCGACUGAUUCAGUACAGAUGUGCUCCUGUAUCAUCCAGAGGCAGGGCAUUACAGGUGUAUUUUUGCAGUUAUAUGUCUGCUGACACAAUUUAUCUGCACCAUAUCCUCCAUUUAAUUGUAUUUAAUGUGUUUUUUAAAUGUACUUUUGCAUUUUCAAUUGUUAACUAAUCAGACAUGCUGAGUAUUUGGCUUGCAUGGUCUUGGGGUUUGUAUCCAUAUGCUGUGAGCCCAUGAUAAACACAAAGCCAAUGUAAUAUAAACAUACUCCUUUAAUAUGGAAUUAUCUAAUACUUAAAAUUCCAUUUAUUUAUUGCAAUAACUGAGCAAUAUAUCUCCACUUGAUGUCUGGGUGGAACUGUGUCCUGGCACCCUGCUGAACUGAUUAGUAGACUGCAACAGUCGGUCAUUUCUUAAGUUUUGUCCCUAGCUGUUUACCUACUGUAAAGGUAUUUUGAAAGAUAUACAGUGUCUGUACAUAAUUGAUUUUUGUAGCUGGCUUCCACAUUCAUUUCUUCUUAAAAUAACCAAAUCAACGUCUGUCAAUGAUUGAAGCACAAAGAUAGACACAGAAAGCUGGAGUAACUCGGCAGGACGGGGAGUAACUCAGUGGGACAGGCAGCAUCUCUGGAGAGAAGGAAUGGGUGAUGUUUCUUCAAUCUGAAGAAGGUUCUCGACCCGACACGUGGGAGUCUGAAGAAGGGGUCAUCUACAAGUUAUUAAGAUGAUUCCACAAUGGAAGAGUCAUGAAUGAGAGGCAUAAUUAUAAGACAAGGGAGGUGGUCAUUUAGAACUAAAAUAUGCUGCAAUUUCCUUGAAAGGUACUGAAUCUCUUACCUCCAAUGUUAUGAAGGCAGGAACACUGGGGGUGCUUAAAGAGGAAGUAGAUCAUUUUUUGAGAGAUCAGAGAAUUGAGACCCUUGGGUCUCGACCCAAAACGUCACCCAUUCCUCCUCUCCAGAGAUGCUGCCUGUCCCUCUGAGUUACUCUGGCAUUUUGUGCCUAUCUUCGGUUUAAACCAGCAUCUGCAGUUCCUUCGUACACAUUGAAGCACAAAUCUGAGUGUCGACAGAUUAGUAACCAUCUCCCGACUGACACCCGUCAGAGCUGAUGAAGUGGAACCAAUAUCCCUUCCCAGAGCAACUUAAUCCGAUUAUGUUGUUGUUGUUGUUCUGAGAGAAGUCUGGUGUUCUGAUAUACAACAAUCUCAUUUAUAUCCCCAAAUUAAGUGCUUUGUAGUUCAUCCAAUGAAAAUAGGAAUCGGGCUUUAAUUUCAGAUAAAUUAUUGGCUGUCUUGUUUGUAAAAAUUAAUUUGACAUUGUCUAUCUGUCACAAUAAAGAUCAAAGCAUUCCAGUGAUCAUAUUAAUUUAGUUUUACUAAUCUGGAUCUUGAAGCGUUAGAUUUUCUAAAUGACGUUUUCUGCACCCAGCAAGUUGAGUGUGUUGAUGCAGUAAUAACCAUAUAACCAUAUAACAAUUACAGCACGGAAACAGGCCAUCUCGGCCCUACAAGUCCGUGCCGAACAAAUUUUUUUCCCCUUAGUCCCACCUGCCUGCACUCGUACCAUAACCCUCCAUUCCCUUCUCAUCCAUAUGCCUAUCCAAUUUAUUUUUAAAUGAUACCAAUGAACCUGCCUCCACCACUUCCACUGGGAUCUCAUUCCACACCGCCACCAUUCUCUGCGUAAAGAAGUUCCCCCUCAUAUUACCCCUAAACUUCUGUCCCUUAAAUGGGAUGGAGAGUGAAGGAAUGUUGGUUACUUUAUACUCUUUGUGUGUUUUCAUUAUGAAAAAUGAGGCAAUGGAUUUUGAAGAAUUAAUCAUAUUUAUAUUUUGAAUGCCUUAAAGAAUGACAGGAAUGUUUUUUAAAAAAAGAAACAUUAUAAACAAUCAUGGUAGAUAUCAGCAACCUCUUGGCUUGCUGUCAAAGCUGUUUAGAAUUGGUUGAUCUCAAGUUGGAUCCAGUUUUGGGGAAAAAAGAUGCAAAAACAGUGCUUGAUCUUGUUGAAGAGUCCAUGAACAAUAUCAUUCUCACUGACAACACAGUGGAUUUUUGUCAUAGUCAGCGUUCUCAUAUGAUGAGUAGCCACUAGAGUGAAGCAUAGAGGUCAUUCAUCACUAACGUUUGAAUGCCAGUUGACCCUUGGUGAGUGCAUGGGGGGGGGAUGGAUAGUAAGAUUAGACAAUGCAUCCAGUCAUAGUGAUACAGUGUGGAAACAGGCCCUUCGGCCCACUUGCACGCACCGGCCAACAUUAUCUCAGUUACACUAGCCCCACCUGCCUGCGCUUGGUCCAUAUCCCUCCAAACCUGUCCUAUCCAUGUACCUGUCUAACUGUUUCUUAAAUGUUGGUUUAGUCCCAGCCUCAACUACCUCCUCUGGCAGGUUGUUUCAUACACCCACCACCUUUUGUGUGAAAAAGUUACCCCUCAGAUUCCUAUUAAUUCUUUUCCCCUUUACCUUGAACCUAUGUCCAUAGACAAUAGGUGCACGAGCAGGCCAUUCGGCCCUUCGAGCCAGCACCGCCAUUCAAUGUGAUCAUGGCUGAUCAUCCCCAAUCAGUACCCCGUUCCUGCCUUCUCCCCAUAUCCCCUGACUCUGCUAUUUUUAAUAACCCUAUCUAGCUCUCUCUUGAAAGUAUCCAGAGAACCGGCCUCCACCACCCUCUGAGGCAGAGAAUUCCACAGACUCGUCACUAUCUGUCCUCUGGUCCUCGAUUCCCCCCCACUCUGGGCACAAGAUUCUGUGCAUCUACCCGAUCUAUUCCUCUCAUGGAAUCUCUCAGUUAACAAAAGACGAGUGCUGGAUUAACAUCAGGCUUGCUUCUACGACGAGCAUGAUGGUGUUCUGUGAUUGUAUUCUCCUGUGACAUUUGUUAAAAAUAAUUGUAAUUUGAGAUCUUGGCGACACAGUGUUUUGCAUGCAACUUUCUUGUUAUUUUGCUUCACUAAUAUAGUGAUUUUUCCAACAACAUUUUCAAACGUGAACAUUUCUUCACCUUGAUGUGUGACUUUCAUGAUAUUUUUGCAUAAAAUCACAAGAUUAUGUCAUUAAUAUUUUGGAAUAAAACAUUCCUUUUCUGAUUCUGAUAGUAUUGCUAUUUUCUACUUUUAUUUCAGAUUCUCACCAUUUGUCUGUUAACACACUGGCAUCUAAAACGCUGCCUGUUGUGGGCUAAAACAGGAAUUUUUAAAUAUUCAUUUCUGUAACUAUUAGGUUAUCCCGAGCUUUGAAGAUGUGGAUUGACACAUUCUCUUUAAAGCUGAACGAACACAAUAAAGAUUGCAGAUGUUGGAAUAUUGCAUUGUUUAAAAAAAAUGCAAACUACUAGAGAAACUCAGCAGGUCAGGUAACAUCUAUGGAGGGAAAUAGACUGAAGUCGGCAUCCUUCAGACUAAAGAAGUGUCCCGACCUGAAAUAUCGUCAGCCCAUUGCCACCACUUUAGCUGCCUGACCUGCCGAGUUCCUCAAGUUGUCUGCUUUUUAUCCUCAAAGUCAGUAUUAUCACGGAAUGAAAUGUGAAAACUACAUGGCUGUCCAAAUAAAAUAUUUUUACAUCAAAGAAAGUGGCACAAACAUUGAUUGUCAUAAGUGACAGGAGCAGAAUUAGGCCCAUCAGGUCGACUCUGCCAUUCAAUCAUAGCUGAUCUAUCUCGCCCUCCUAACCCUAUCCUCCUGCUCAUAACCCCUGACACCCGCACUAAUCAAGAAUCUUUCUAUCUCUGCUUUAAAAAUAUCUAUUGACUCGUCCUCAACAGGCAAAUAAUUCCACAGAUUCACCGCCCUCAGACUAAAGAAAUUCCAUCUCAUUUAAUUCCUAAAGGAAGGAGAAUUAAUUCUAAGGCUAUGGCCUCUAGUCCUAGACUCUCCCACUAAUGGAAUCAUCCUCUCCACAUCCACUCUGUCCUAUCCAAAGAUUGUGUAAUCUUUUGAUCCCUUCAGCAACUUAAUAGGUUAUAAAACAUAGUUGUCUCUGUAUUUAAGCAGCAAUUGAGAUGAAAAUACAGUUCCAAUGUAUCUAGAAAUAAUUUCAAAUUAGACUCUAAGUUGACAGUUUAUUGAAGAUAUAAGUAUUUGAGUGCUAAUAAAAUUGUACUAUUGUAAAGUUUCUGCCAUUUUCUUCCACGUGAAGUGAGCUUGUUUGUAACUUUCAGGUUUGUAAUAAAAUCAGGUACUGUAGCUAGAGGGAAAGAACAAUAGAGAAGUUAGUUUGCAAAUUUAAGAAAAAAGUGAAACUAACUUUUUUGAAUUAAUUUUUUACAUCUUAAAUUUUCCCCAGCUGCUAAGAGUUAUCGGGAACAAAACUGGUUACGUAUCAGUCACUUAUCAAAGAUUAUUUCAAUCUGCAUGUCAGUGGCUCAGCUGGUGACAUUGCAUGGGGAGGCACACUGGCACAGCCAGUGGAGAACCUGGUUCAAUCCUGACCCUGGGUGCAAUCUCUGGGUAGCUUUAUGAAUGUUCCCCUGUGAGUAUACUUCCAGCUGUUGAUCUGACCAAUAUUUAUUCCUUCAUUAACGUUAUCUGGAAUUGAUCAUGCGUUUAUGUGUUUAUGCAAAACUGGUUGUAGAUUUGUGUUUUACUUGGCCAUUGGGUGCACAAGCGACAUUAUGAAAGGACAUGAAACAAGCUAUAUCAUUCAUUGUUCUUUCUCUCCCAACAUCAUCGUCUAUAUCUCUCAUUUCCCUUUUCCCUAACUAGUCUGAGGAAGGGCCUUGAGAGUUUUCAAGAGAGGGUUAGAUUUAGCUCUUAGGGCUAAGGGAAUCAAGGGAGAUGGGGGGAAAAAGCCGGAACGGGGUGAUAAUUUUGGAUGAUCAACCAUGAUCGUAUUGAAUGGCGGUGCUGGCUCGAAGGGCCGAAUGGCCUACUCCUGCACCUAUUUUCUAUGUUUCUGUCACCCAUUCCUUCUCUCCAGAGAUGCUGCCUAUCCCACUGAGUCACUCCAGCUUUCUGUGUCUAUCUUUGAUAGAUAUUGAAGUUUGUUUGUACUAUCAAUGAUUAGAGUAAAGGAAACGGAGGAAGUGAAAGAUAUUUGCUCGGAUUACCUCUGUUGAAAGAAUCUCAGUUUAUUCUAAAGAUGUAAUUUGCCUCCAAACGACCAUAACGUUUUUUUGUAGGAGCUCGCUGAUUCCACAAUUACUUUAUCACUAAAAGAUAUUGCACUUCAAUUUAAUCUAUCGUGUACAAUCUACUUGGUGGGAGUUGAAUUGUGGUUAAAGCAUUGGAUAAAUUAUUUUCUACCCCUCCUUUUGAAAUUCCUUUUAAAACAUGUUAGUUCAAUUUUUUAAAAAAUCCAGAAAUGCACUGCAUAUCAGUCCACAGCAAUAGGAAGAAAAGGCAUAUAAUGAUUUUAUUAAAGAUUCUUAGGUAGACAAAAAUGCUGGAGAAACUCAGCGGGUGAUGCAGCAUCUAUGGAGCGAAGGAAUAGGUGACGUUUCGGGUCCUGACCCGAAACGUCACCUAUUCCUACGCUCCAUAGAUGCUGCCUCACCCGCUGAGUUUCUCCAGCAUUUUUGUCUACCUUCGAUUUUUCCAGCAUCUGCAGUUCUUUCUUAAACUUAUUAAAAAAUUCUUAAUCUUUUCAAGGCUCUCAGCUUGAAGUGUAAUCCUGUCACUUUAGUUCCUAAUGGGCCGCUGUGAAUUUUAAGCAAUUUUUUGUUAAAUAAUUUAACUAAUUUGAAUACCUUGGACCUUUGUGGACUAAUCAUUAACACAUUUUCUAAGAUUGAUUGUUAAACUAUAUGUAGUUGAUAUAACCACAAUGUUUCAAAGCAAACUACAUUUUCUGAGUUUCUAUGCCAAAAUUAUAUGUAGACAGUUGCGGGGAGAUGCCUAUGUAGAGAGAGAGACCUUUUCUUUGUCUUUUAAAUUCAAUAAUUGUCGCAACGAACCGUUUUGCAUAUUUUAUAAGUAUAUAUUUCUAUGUAGUAGCCUUCUCUCUAGAGAUGCUGCCAACCCUGCUAAGUUACUCCAGUAUUUUGUGUCUAUCUUUGGUGUAAACCAGCAUUGCAGUUCCUUCCUCCAUAUGUAGUGGAUCUUGUACUCAGUCUGAAUAUUGUUUAGUUUCUGAUGAAACUUAAAUGGGCAUUCUGUGAUUAGUUAAAUAUUUUUUUAAAUCUUCAUAUCAGUAUUACUAUAGAAAUGCAGGCCAGCUAAAUAGGUAAUUUACACAUGUAGCAAUGCAGUGUGCUGCAACCAAUUUCCUUCCUCGUUAAAAUUGCAGUACAGAAGCUAUAUUUAUUUAAUUGCAGCAAAAACAAACGGCUGGAGGAACUCGGAGGGUUGCGCAGUAUCUGUGGGAAGGGGAGGAGCAAUUGUUAACAUUUCAGAUUGAAACCUUGGACCAGGACUGAGAGUGGAUUGGGAAAUGUCGAUAUAAAGAGGAAAGGCAGAGGGGUGAGACGGGGUGGAAUGAGGUGAGAUGAACAAUGAUGGGCAACUUUUCUGCAGCCCUCUUCUGCCCAUCUCACACCUUCCCCUCUCCCCUUGCAUUCUUAGUUAUCUCUCUCCUCCACUCUCUCGGUGCAGGGUUUCAACCUAAAAUGUCAACAUUUCCUCUUCUCCUUACAGAUGCUGCUCAACCCACUGGUUCCUCCAGCAGUUUUUUGUUUUGGCUACAGAUUCAAGCAUCUGCAGUCUCUUGUAUCUCAAUAUUUCUGUAUUUGAAGGUUUUGAGAAUAAUCAUGCUUUCUUGUGUUUAAGGAUCAAUAAAUAACGAGUCCGCAUUUCAGUUGAACUCUAGGAAUGUCAAACUGAGAAUGAAGCAUCUGAAGCCUAUUAUCAGGGAUGAUUUCUAUCUUAUUGUGUCCAAAUCAAUUUUUUCUACCUUUGACUGUUUUCCCGUUGUCCAGAAUUCAUGUUACCAGGUUUCAGUGUGCAUGUAUGCCACAAGAAACUUGCCAUCUGUGCUUGCCGUUGCUGUUAUUGACAUGGUCACUAUUUCAGGAGCCUCGUGUAGUGCAUUAGUGUAGGACCAAAAAAUAAACCCCCACCAAAACAUGUGUGGCAGGACUCGCCGACUGAGGAUGUGUGCAUCCUAAAAUGGAGGAGACAUCUCAGGCUGACCUUGGUGCAGAUACAGCAAGUGGGCAUGGGUGGUUGGAACAAAUGAGUAAACACUAGUUUAGCUGCUUGUAGAUGAAAAAACAAUUAGCAACAGUCGCACUGCCUUUUUAUUUUUGGAAUGUUUAAAUAAGGGGCCAUUUAUUCAGCUGAGUAGUUAAUAAGCCCUCGGCAAACAUCAAGGUUGUCUCUUGGAGUUGAAUAAAGUGUGACUUGCUUGGAAGAUGACAAGCAUCCAGUAAUCUAAUUACAUCCUGUCUGCCACACGCGGGCUGUAUCUUGUGUGUUGUGAGCACAUUGAUGCUGGUGAACACAGGAUCACGUGGGAGUAGUUUGAGGGUUAGAAUUAAGAAUAUAAUGAUAUAUUGGUUUUAAGGAUAUAAUGCAAAAUGGAAAAUAUACAGUGGAAAAACUGUACAUAAUAAAAUAAAACUAGUGGCAAAACCAUUCUGGCAAUUUCAUUGCAUUGGUGUAAGAAUUUACUAUGUGUCUGCCUGUUAGAUUAUCGCAGCCUCGGUUAUUAUUGUCCAGCAGUUAAAUUGAGCAAAGGAGCAUUGGGGGGGAAAUUGAUUGUCAUUUUACAAUUGUUCUGAAUCUGUAAUAAUCGACAUUAUGCAGAUAAUUCAUCAAUAUUCAUAAACAUGCUUUAAAACUUUUAUUCAAUUCGCUCUUAAUAUCUGCAUCCUUGUGUCUCCCAAACUCAUCUGUUCCAUCUUCUCUUCCAAGUAAUGGGAAUAUUGAGAAAAGCAUUAGUGUAAAGAAGGCUACAUGUACGAACACUAAUGUCUCUUCUGCAUUUGGUGGCGUGUGAGAGGGGACAUGGAGAAGUCAGUUUGUGCAGAAGUCUUAUUGUUCUCUUAAUUGCAGGGUUAAACACCUGCCAGAAAAAAAGAUAGAUAAUUACUGUACAACAUAAAAAGAACAUUAACAAAAGAGAACUGAAGUAGCAUCUGAUGAAUGUCUCAAAGAACUGCAGAUGCUGGAAAAAUCGAAGGUAGACAAAAAUGCUGGAGAAACUUAACGAGUGAGGCAGUGCCUAUGGAGCGAAGAAAUAGAUGACGUUUCAGGUCAAGACCCUUCUUCAGACUGAUGUAGAGGUGGGGGGUGGGAAGAAGAAAGGAAGAGGCGUAGGCUGUGGGAGAGCUGGGGAGGGGAAGGAGGGAGAAAGCAGGGACUACCUGAAACUGGAGAAGUCAAUGCUCAUAUCGCUGGGGUGUAAACUGCCCAAACGAAAUAUGAGGUGCUGCUCCUCCAAUUUGCGGUGGGAUUCACUCUUAAUGAACUUACUGAAGGUUGGUAUCUGAGUGGCGAAUUGUAAGUCACUGUCUUAACUGGGGAGGACAAUAUAUAGCUGAACCAUAUGAACCAGCUUUCAUACUGAGGUCUAUGCUCCUUGAACAUCACAACUGAUAGGUGCAGGGACUUGACAAUUGUUGCUGUAUCCCUAGACUGGAGAAUGUAACAUCAUCUGAAGAUAGACACAAAAAGCUGGAAUAACUUGGCAUCUCUGGAGAAAAUAAAUAGUUCAUUUUCUCCAGAGAUGCUGCCUGUCCUGCUGAGUUACUCCAGCUUUUUGUGUCUUCGUUCAGUUUAAACCAGCAUCUGCAGUUCCUUCCUUACACAUAACAUCAUCUGAGUUUUGUAUCCCUGAUCACAAUCUAGUGAUGUCUCGACCAGAAUUGCAUCUGUAUGUAGUGUGACCAAAUCUAAAGUUACCAGAGAAUUGCUGUGAAACUGCCUCCUAUGUUAAUCAUUUUCUUUCAAGAUGGCAAGAAGGUUGGAAGCAAAAAGCACUAUGACUAAAGAAAUUAAUGCUUUAUUUUGUUGAUGAUCAUUACAAAUUGGGAACUUAUAGCAUGAGUUUUUAUCCUUUCAGGUGCGACUGAAACUUUUCAAUCCAAUUUAAUUUUUGAAGUAUCACAGAAUGUCAGUGGGUGAAUGUUCUGUAGGUGAACGACGGCAUUUCUUGCCUUGCUUUUCAAGAUGGUAUUUACUAUCGCUCAACAGAUGCCACAACCACAGAUGCAGUCUGUAUGAGCAGGCACUCGGAGACCAGCUGCUAAACAGGUUUGCACUUAAUCCAGAACGAUGAGAUGCAUUGACACCUUACACAAAGUGAAGUGAAGCACACUGGCUUAUUUUAAUGUAGCUGUGUACAUGACCAGGUAUGAUCAGUCUGCAGGAAGGGAAGGUGAGGAUUACUUCCAGGAAAUCCCACUCACAAAUUUGUGCAUCAUCAGAGCACUGCAGCAAAAAUGGCUAAGAUUUGUGAAUUUAAAUUAUGAAAUGUUAGUUUAAAAUUUGCAGAGAAGCGGGACAGCACAAAUAUCAUGAAAUUAGUUUGACAGAGAAAAUAUCUGGGUAUCUGUGACGUGCUAUUAUCUUUGUUUGUUCCUGAAGGUAUUGUUAUUAAACUCACAGGCCCAGGGCUCAACUAACUUCAGUUCUGUACAUAUGCAGUUCUUUUGUAUAUAUUUGUUAAUGACUGUACAUAAAAAGCCAUGGAAAUAUUUCCCUCUCCUUGGUGUAUUUCUACAUCAAAGACUAUUUGAUAUUGAUUAUUGUAUUAGUGCCUGGCAGCUGGCAAAUAGAUCAUAAGGGGUGAAAUCAUAUGCCCCUUUAUAAGCAGUGAACGAGCAAUGUGAAUCCGCUUAAUACUGACCCAGCAAUAGGUCAUGUUUAAGUUAAAGACUUUCCCGCUAGUGUGUUGAAGCAGCUAUUGCUGCAAAAAGAUAUUAUUUUGUAUCUUGGUCUUUAUUAUCAAUUAGAAUCCUUCAACUCUUCAAUUCAGCUCCAGUCUGUUCUGUAAGCCCAAAGCAUUUUCCCAACUCCAGCUUGUUUUCGCAAAUCACUACGCACUUAAACAUGGACUCAUUGUAUUAGAAUGGAGAGUAUUUGUGACAAGUACAUAUUUUUAUCUCUAAUUUAAACAAUUAGGUUUGUGAAGUUGGAUGAAAUUUGUUUGAUAGUUCUUUUGUUCUUGCCGCUGUUUUUUUUCUUAUGAAAUGUCAACAUUAUAAUAAACACUACAUUGCUA